AUGGCCACAACAGUAGCAUCAGCCCAGCGCUCCGCUGUAAUGCUUUCAGCAGUCAGACUCCCUGCUCGCCGGGUGCUAUCACCAGCAUUCCGAGUUAUCACUACCAGAGGACUGGCUUCAUCCCCAAGACCCCGAGUCCCCGCCCUUGCAUACAAUGUCCGAUCGUUCUCACACCCGAUCAAGAGUUCACAAUUACAGACGCGCCAGAACAGUAAUGACUCCACAAACCUCAAAAACUGGGGGUUUGAAGAGCUCAACGCCUCCCUCCCCUCCGCGCCUGACUCGCCAACCCACAAGCCUAUACUGAUUGACGUUCGCGAACCGGCUGAACUUAAGGGCACGGGUAUCAUUCCUUCGGCAAUCAGUAUCCCGCUAGCAUCUCAGGCCGACGCCCUGUUCCUCACGCCCGAUGAAUUCGAGACCCGGUUCGGGUUCCCGAAGCCUGAGCCCGUCGAAGGCGAGCAGAUGGUCUUUUAUUGUAAGGCUGGUGUGCGUGCCAAAAUCAUGGCCCAGAUGGCUGUCAAGGCGGGAUAUGAUCCGGCUACUGUCGGUUACUACUGGGGUAGCUGGUUGGACUGGGAGAAGAACGGGGGCAAGGCUGAGAGGUGGGAUGGAGACGAUUAA